AUUAUUUACUAUCGUGUGUAUACAUAUCGAAUUGUUAUUGAUUGUUUUGCCCAAUACUAACGUACAUUGUCUUUGAAAAGAUAUUUUGCAAGGAAUAACGAGAAAUAUGGGUGAUAAAAUAGCAGAAAUCUUUAAUUCUUUUCAAACUUACUUAGUCAACGAAGAAGUAUCGCGUGAAGAAAUCCGUGCUAUUGUAAGAGAUCUUGAAAAGAACUCCAGGGACAUUUCGAUGAUAUUACAAAACAUACAUAAUGAAGAUAGCAUGAAAGAAAACAUGAUUGUAUAUGAAUAUUGCACAACAUCAAGGACAUUGUUUGGACAAGUACGUAGCAACUAUGCAAGACUUGCAGAUGUCGUACCAAAAAACGAGUAUUACAAAUAUCAUGAUCAAUGGCGUUCUGUCACACAAAAAUUAUGUUUCUUAGCAUCUUUAAUAAUAUAUUUAGAAAUUAAAGUUUUACUUAACAAAAGCACUGCUGCAGAAAUGUUAGGAGUUAGUAAUGAUAGAGAGGAUGGUUUCCAUUUGGACUUAGAAGAUUACCUAAUUGGACUAUUACAAUUGUCCACAGAAUUGAGUCGUUUCGCUGUAAAUAGUGUCACUAAUGGUAAUUAUAAUCGACCUAUAGAAAUAGCACGAUUUAUAAAUGAUCUAAAUGCAGGCUUUAAACUCUUAAAUUUGAAAAAUGAUUCUCUAAGAAAACGUUUUGAUAGCUUAAAAUAUGCGGUUAAGAAGGUAGAAGAAGUGGUUUAUGAUCUCAGUAUACGAGGUUUGAAACCAAGUUCAGCUAUUGAACAUACAAAGUAAUUAUCUUUAAAAAAUAUUAUUUCUAAGUAACAUAUUGUCAUACAUAAUAAAUUAUUGGAGCAAUUAUCUUCUUAUUUAUAAAUUGUAAUAAUUACCUAUAUUUAUGUUAAUUUUAUACUGAAUCAACAAUAUCUAAAAAUUUGAUACAAAAUUCUAUGUAUAGUUCUAUAUAUAGUAUAGUUCUAACUAUUCAAGCACUUAAUAACCUUCUUAUAAAUUUGCUAUAUUUUGCAAUUUUGCACUUUUAAUAUAUCUUUGAUAAUUUUAAACAAAAUAUUUUGCUACAUUUUUGGCACGAUUUAUACCUGAGAUAUUAUGAUUUUCUAAUAUAUUAGUUAGAGAAAAUUGGAUUUAGUUUUAAUUAAUGUAUGUAUGUAAUUACUUGUGUUAAUGUCCACAAUUUACUUUCUUUUGGCAAUGGUUCUUCUGUAAAAACAUUUAAAAUUGUUCCUGAAAUACAUUGUUGCUCAAAUGGGUUUAAUAAAUCUAUCUCUUUAGUUAUUGUAUCUCAUUAUUGAUAAGAACAUUACCAUGAUUUUUACAAUUCUAUAAUAUAUUUCUGCUCAACAAACCUAGAGUACUAGAUGUAGAUGGUAAAACAUCAAUAAUAUAAUCAUAAUUUGUUAGCAUUUCAGACAAAUGUGCAAUUGUUCUAUGUUCAUCAAGAUAAUUUAAGUUUUCUUUAAGUGGUAUUCUCAUCACUUCCCAUAUGGUGGCUCCAAACAUUUUUAAUUUUUCUGCAACUUCAAAAAUUAAAAAUAUUUUUAUAUAAAGUUAACUAGUAUUUGUACCGCUAAUAACAAAAAACACUGUAUGGUAUAA